GAGCCUGGCCCGCUGAAGACGCUCUACUUCACGGUCCCUCUCCGGUCGAAGGAGAAGAAGGAGGUGCUGGGGGGGAUCCAGGAGAUCUACAUCAGGCUCCGGAGAGAGGGCAUGCUGGUGAACCGGCUCCAUUCGGACCAAGGGGGCGAAUUUAUGUCUCGAGAGCUGGCCGCGUGGUGCAGGGUGAGGGACAUCAAGAAGACGCUUCGGUCCCCGGACCAGAAGCCGGAGAACGGGCUGAAGCAGCGGUGGGAAGUCGGUCAUGAGGAGGAUCUUCCUCAUGACGGGUUGGUCUACAUCGUGGUGGCCGUGCGUGGCAAGGAGGUGCUGGUUCCGAAGAGGGCUUGGAAACAACGAGCCUUUGAGGGAACGCAUCAGAAGGCGAUCUACCUCACGCCCAUGUAUGACGUGUCCAACGGGCAUGCCGUCCAGGUCAUUGAGGGGGGCAAGGUGAUUUGCGUCUCCAAGGUGGUCAGUGAGAUACCAGGAGAUCGGGUUGCGUUGAAGUUGAAGUACCUUCGGCAGGUCAUCAUGGAUGAAGAGGAGAAGCUACGUCAAGAAGAGGAGGCGCUGAAGCACCAGGUCCCGGAGAAUGAGGACACGGAGAAGGUGUUGCGCACCAAGAUGAUCUCGCCGACUGAGGUCAUCCGAGACAAGGAGAAGUGGGGGGACUCCAUCAAGGCGGAAAUCGAUGCGUUGAUGGUGGAGAAGAAGGCCUUGAGAAGGCUUUCCCCGAAGGAGGCUCAGAAGCUUCUGGAGAGCAAGGGGAGCAAGGUGACCGUCGUCCCCGGCAAGGCGAUCUUCAGUGUCAAGGCUGGAUCGGCGAGGAAGAAGACGAGACUGGUGGUGUGCGGCAAUCAUGUCAGUGCCGAUGCGACCAUCGAGGGGGACACCUACGCUGGUGGAACGGACACCACUGCUAUUCGGUUGCAGCUCAAAGUUGGAGCGGAACGCUUGUGGACUACAUCAGCCUUAGACAUCAAGGCAGCGUUCUUGAACGCGGAUCUCCACACGGAGGAGGAGCCGGAGCAGCUGGUUGCGAUGAGGCCGCCGGCGGUGAUGAUCAAGAUGGGCUGGGCUCAGCCGGGAGAAUUGUGGUUGAUCGACAAGGCGAUGUACGGAUUGCGGCAAAGCCCGAGGAGGUGGUCGGACCAUCGAGAUCGGGAACUACAAGCGCUGGUCUGGGAAACGGAGGGGAGGAAAUGUCACCUGGAGCAAUGCGUGGCGGAGCCGAACCUUUGGCGGAUGAUCCAGAUCACGCAAGAGGGAGAGAGACUGAUGGGUUUGGUCUCGAUCUAUGUGGAUGACGUCUUGACGACGGCAGAGACGGAAGUCAGGAAG